GGAGAAGAGACUACAAUGCUGAGUAACCGCUCCUCUCUCUUUCUGUCACCGUGGUUUCUGUGUGAAGCAGCUCUGCUCUCAGCAGGUGGAUCUCCGUCCCAGAGAACGAGGCCUUGUCUGAGUUCAUCAGCAUCACACGCCAGUACUGAACCUCGUCAAAGACUCAAUAUCAAUACUGAAUCUUUACACUGACAAAGACUGUAAUUACAGCACCUGGGUUCCGGAACAUGUACCUUGUGGUGGUUCGGGCCUCUCCAUAACAAUAACUGUCUUAAUCGCCGCCCAGAAGCAGAAUACAAACACACCACACCCGCUCACUCGCGCUUCGUCUCCAGCACUGAGGUAGAACUCCUCUGGCGGUCGCCUUUUAACCAUGGAAACGACCUCCGGGUUUGGCGGCCUGGCGUGGAACUUUACAAGCGUGAGUUCCACGCCAGGCCGCCCCUCCCAGGCGUCCGUGGGUCAGGCGGAGGGGGAGGAGCCGUACUUUGUGGACUACGUCCCUCCGGCGCGCGACGCUAUCGUGCUCCCACGCCAUGUGGUCUACAUCCUGGUGGCCGUGAUCCUGGUGGUCAUGGCGAUGUACGCCAUUGUGGGUCACCUGAUCAAGGACCUGAUGCAUGACUUCACAGACUGGAUCCUAGGCCCCAAACCAGAGGCGUUGGACACGGAGCGAGGGCAGGAGGGGGAGGAGGAGCAGCGGAGCGUUUACGACGACCAGAUGCGGGCGGAGAAGUGGAGGCAGGAGACGGAGGAGGAGAGAGAGGGGCUGCUUCCGGGGUACUGCCACCUCCCCGCCGACCCCCCUCUCCGCAGUGCCAUCUCAGCAUUCCCUAGCAACAAGGGGCCGUCCAAUCAGAACGUGACCUUCUCUUUCUCCCUGACCCCUUACAUUACCUCGGUCUAGGAUCCUUGACCUUAGCUGACCCCAGAGUAGGGUCUGUGACCUUAGCUGACCCAAGAGUGGGGUCUGUGACCUUAGCUGACCCCAGAGUAGGGCCUGUGACCUGAGCUGACCCCAGCGUAGGGUCCCUGACACCACCUCGGUCUGUCGCUGUGUUUCUCAGGGCUUCCAGCUGGAAGGCUCUGUGUGUGGGAGGGAAAACACAAAGACAGCUUCUGUCUUUUUUUAUCCAUCUAAUUUAGCGCUUCAAAACUCCCAUUUUAACAGUCAAUGGGUUCAGUUUAUUCAGGCCAAUCCCUCCCCUGAAAUGACCCCUCGAGUUUACUUCCUGAAAUGCACCCCACCCCACACACACACACAGCCAGACCCAAAUAAAUAAAGAACUUGAUUCCCUAACA